ACGAUCAGUAUAUUUAGAUAUUAUAAAUGUGCUAAAGGUGUUCCAUCCUUUCCCAUCCUACUAUAUAGUUAUCAACAUGGGCGGUUCAAGCAGCAGUGUUAUCCGACCCGAUCCUCCGAAAGAUAAUAGGCCUAUAUCUAGAGCGUCUACUUCUGGACCUGGAGUGCCACAUAUCCAAAAGAGAGACGUGGCAGUUGCAUGCAACAACUUGGUGGUAAAAUCUGUAACGAAAGACGAACUGCGACGUCUUACAUCGGCAAACCGCCAUUCACUUACAGACGGAAGCGUCACUGAUAACAGCGAGUCAGAAUUUGAUGGAAACAGUGCAUAUAUCAUACAAAAUGCUUCUAACAAUGGGGAAGGGGAUAACUCAUCAAGUGUGUUGGUCACAUGUAACAGAUUGAUGGUGUAUUUUGUAUCUAAUGGCAUUACUCGAGACUCCCCUGUAUAUCUAACCCCUGACAAUGAAUAUGAUGAAGGCACACAAUCUAUGGAGGAUUCUGAAACUGAAAGUAGUUUAGAAGAGGAUGAUGGAUCAACAGGUGGUUUGGGGAAUAUAGAAGAAGUUGAUGAAAAGGAUGAUAGUUCCAAUGAUGCGUCGGAGUAUGAAACAGAAGUUUCUGAGACUGUGACGAUAAAAAAUAAAAUUACCAUUACAAUGGAUUUCACUGAAGAAGUGGAAAAGGUGGUAAAAAGUCUUAAAAGGAAUGAAGACACUGUUAAAAAAGAAAAAAUCGAAGAGCAAAAGAAAUUUCUGCAUAAACUUUUUGUAAGAAGAGAAACCAGACAGCAAAUCAAUGCAGAGCAACAAACAGACUUUAAUCAGAAAUCUGUUGAUUUAUUUAUCAAUCCGAACGAAACAGAAGCACCAAAGCCUGAAGAACCUGUAACUAAAAAGAAAGCACUAUAUAGUGAAGAAAAUACUGCUUUGUUUUCUGAUUUGGAAAAAUAUGCGAUAAGUGUGGAUAAAGUGACAUCAUCAACUUUUACUUUUGCCGAUCUAAUGGAAGAACUUUUUAUUGGACAACUUACAGAUUUGGAGAAGGUGAGAAUAUUAUUCCACUGGAUAACUUCACAAGAUCUUAAUGCUAUAGAGUUUGAAGAUGAUAUUCCUGAAGACACCCCGCUAUUUUAUCUUCGGGCAAUCAAACAAGAGAAAGGAACUUACCCAGCGUUGUUUUUGCGAUUAUGCGGUGCUGCUGGUUUGCAUGCCAAAACAAUCAAAGGUUAUGUAAAGGGUGUUGGCUAUCAUCCUGAUCAUAAGUUUGGUGGUCCUGAUGAAACACUUUAUGGGAGUUGGAAUGGAGUCUUGAUUGAUGGACAGUGGAGAUUGAUUGACACACACUGGGGCUCUAGACAUAUAAUAGAGGAUGAUGAUUUAGAAAUCAAGGAUUGGAAUACAAAGUACAGAUAUGAGGAACAUUAUUUUCUCACUGAUCCUGAUCAACUAAUCAGCACUCACUUUCCUGAUGAUGUUGAAUGGCAAUUGCUGCGAAAACCAGUAACUCUUCAACAGUUUAAUGAUUCUGUAAGACACUGGCCAAUUUUCUACAAACUACAAAUGAAGUUAAAGUCACAUGACUCAGGUGUGGUCCUCACUGAUGAAUAUGGGUUUGUUCGAAUUUUAAUUGAACCUUCCAAGUUUGCUCGAACUGAUGCAAAAUUUAAAGCAAUACUUAAAACAAGAGAUAGGAAAAAGGAAAUUGAUAGAGUUCCUUUGAACCAGUACAUUCUACAAUACAGCGAGAGUCAAUAUGAGGUGUUUGAAAUCUACAUUCCGACACCUGGGAAGUACCAGAUAAGGAUCCAGGCUCUCUCCAAGAAAUUUUCGGAAAAUUCUUUUACCUGCAUGUCAGAAUACCAAAUUAACUGUUCUGACAAAAAAAUGUCUAAUGAUCAAAGUUUGUCCGCUGUCCCACCAUUUCCAAAUUCGAGUUCAUACUAUGGACCAGGAAAAGAAGUCUCACAACUCAACAUGACAGCAGUCUCUCAUAAAGGACCUGUUGUUCAAUGCGAUGAAAAUGGAGAAGCAAAAGCGGUUCUGCAGCUUCCUAAAGGAAAAGUUUGCUUAAAAUUCACUCAAAGUUUGUUCAGUGUAUUUAACGAUAAGGAUGGUAUGAAAAGUUUUUCAGUCCACACAAUUUUUGAACGAAACAAAAGAAAUGUUGUUGUUUUUCGAGUUCGCGCACCAACUUAUGGCAACUACUGUUUAAUGUUGUACCAGAAAACCAUUUCAGAUGCUGAAGACAACAAACCUUUAAACCAUUUCUGCUCUUAUUUGGUUGUCUCUCAAAAACAAAAGAAAGGGGAAAACGCUCUUCCAUUUCCAGAUAUUGGAGCAGACCAACUAGGAAAAUGUUUGCCCAACUAUGACACUGUUGGUCUCAGUAUUUUAUCACACAGUCCCAAAAAUGAUGAUUUGAUUCAAGAAGCAUGUAUUGAUGCAGACAGCACUGGUCAAUGUUUCAUCUCUUUUUCACACCAAGAGCCACUCUCUUUUUCCAGUGACCUUCUUUCAGCAGCUUCUUUGCCCAAUAUGAAAAAUAAUGUUUUAAUUGAGACUACUGGUCAAGAAACAGUGUUCAGAAUAAAGAUACCAGCGAGCAAUCCGAAGCUUGCACCGGUCGUGCUUAUGGUUUAUGCUGCCAGAUCUAAUGGAAGUAUUCCUGGGGUUUACAAAAUGCUGAUCAACUGUAGCAAAGUUACCAGAGCUGAUGAAUCUUCAUUAACCCCUAAAAAUCGUACAUGGGGGAUUAAUUUACAAGGGUUCAAAAUGGGUCUUCAUUUUAGGGGUUUUCAACAUGCAGAGCCUGAGAUCUGUUCACAUUUUAAGUUUGAAAGGUGGAUGACAAGUCUUCCAGUUUGUUCUUACAAAGGGGGAAAUGAUGUAAAAGUAUGCAUAGGCCUUUCCCAACCAAUGGUUCUACAAAUAGACCUUAUACCACUAGGUAAUGAAGCUAAAAAUUCCCCAUGUGAUAAACUUACAUCAGUGCAGCAAUCCGACAGCACUUCAGCAACUUUUGUUCUUCGAGUUCCUUAUAAAGGUUGGUUUUCUGUGAAUAUAUUUGGGAGAAAAAAGAGUGAUGACACUGGUUCUCUGCCUUGUUUGGGUCAACUGCUCAUUACAGCUUCUCAGCCAAGCAGGUGCACAACUCCCUUCCCUGUAUAAACUCUUAGAAAUGAUUUGUUGUGUCUUUAGCAGCAAGUCCAUUGACCAUGUUUACAGUAAAAAAAAAACAGUAAGUGAAUGUUUGGAUUAUUUUUACCUGACAGCCACCAAUGAAAAUCCAUCCUGGGCAGAUUUUUUGCAAAUGUAUCCUGUCAAGAAUAUUUGUACAUUUGACUCGCAUACAAACUAGUUAGAGUCUGGGAAGAGAUUUUAUUUUGUUGUGCACAGGAAAUAUAAUUCAAUGAAAGUCGUCUAUGUGCUUGUGUAACAUAUGAUUGCCAUAAAUUUUGUGUUGUGAUUUUUACUUUACUAAAAAAAUUAUACCAACACCAAUAAUAAUCACUGUGUUAUUUCAUUUAAAUAAAAUAAUAAUAAUCACAAAUAUGAUUGUUUUACAUACGCUUUAAUGUGAACUUAUUUAUAAAAAAAUAUUUUAAUUCGUUAUAUUUGUAAAUACAGGCAAUUUGAAGAGUUUUAAAUAAAAAAAUAACAGCAACUGUAUAUUUUUGAUUGUGUAAGAAAUAUGUUGCAAGGAAACAGUUCAAACGAAAACUUUUACAACAAUUACAAACAUCUGACGUUUUCACGACGUUUUAAGUUUUCAUUGACAUUUCUAUGUUGGUCUUUAUCUUUUGUCGAAAAUCUGGUAUUCCCCCAAGUAUUGAGAAAUGUUUGCAAAUAAAAACAAAGCGAGGUUUCUGGUUAAAAUACUAAAUAUAGUAAUAUACGUGUGUUUACUUGAGCACUGACUGUAACGAAUGUGUAUAUGUUUAACUAUCCAUUGUAAAAUCAUUUUC